UUUUCCAAUUUAGUCCGGCCGCGAAUCCUAACCAGAUCGGAUCGGUUUUUGCGGGUUCCGAUCGUUUUACCGCGUUUUGCUGAGUCAAGUUGAAGAAGAGUUCUAAUGGUUUUGCGAGUUUGAUCUUUGAUUCCGAUGAACGGUGGUUCUGAACGGUGGUGAAACAAAGCGAGGAAGAUCGAAAUGUCCAGAAUGAGGGGCGGCGGAGGUCAGGUGAUCCUGACAGGACUGAUUCUAGUGACUGUGAUAGCUGUGACCAGUGCGGGCGGUUUGACCUAUUUGGAUGUAUUGCAGAGGAUAAGUGACUUGCGACGGGGAGAUGUAAGGACAAGCCUGCGGGCAAUUCGAGAACUGGCUGUGCAGAGUGGGCUGUUGGCGAGUUCGAAAAACGAAACUGUAAUAUCUGCUCCAGCUCUUAGUGAUCAACAGCCUUUGGAGUUACGGAUGGACCGGGAAGAGUCGGAGGAAGCGGAAGAGAGUUUGGAGGACUUUGUGGAUGAUGACGAGGAAGAUGAAGAUGCGACCAUAACUGAAGGUCGCAGAAAAGGAGGUGGCGGAGGAAGCAACAACAACAUCGUGCUGGCAGGAGGAGGUGGCCUAGGUGAUAUUGGACUCGGCACUGUCUACGAUGUUUCCACUGAAGACGGUGGUGGAAAGGGAAAGAAAGGAAAGAAAGAAAAGAAACGCAGCAGAAAGCAUAAGAAAAAGAAACAUAAGAAAUGGAGGAAGCACCUGAAGAAGGCCGCUCCCUUCGCAAUCGCCAUCUUGGCUCUGAAAGCGCUGAUGUUACAUUUCCUGUUGAAGAAGUUGGUGCUGGCUACCGGUUUGUCUCUUCUGUUGAGCAAAAAGUCUUUGCUCGUAUCGUCGCUGAUUGCGCUGAAGCUUCUGAUUCAACAACCUCACAGUAGUGACAAAAGUAGCGAGAGCAGUAAACUUGAGGUAGUGCAUAUCCCGAUUCGUAAGGAAACUGGAUUUCACAAAAAGAUUCAACUGAACAAGUUUAAAAUCAAACCCGGCCAUAAGGUGAAGAUCAAUAUUCAGCCGAAAGCCGCAUCCACCCAGAAACCGCUGCAUACCUUCAAUACGUACAAUUCGGGUUCGAUGAUCAAGCAUACCCACCAGCAGAUGGAGGACUUCGGGGGGAAAUACAUCCCAUUGGGAUACGAAAGCACCCAGUACCAGAACUAUGACAUAACGACACCGACCACAUUCCUGGAUUCAAUACCGGAAGGCUCCGAGGAUAACUACUUCGACGUGAACGACUUACAGUACAUCCGGCGAGAAGGUUGGGACGGGUGGACCGGUUACAACCGUGGCGAGGAAGCAGCCGAGAACAAUGGGUACGGAGCACAGGGUUAUGAGCACAGGCCGUCUACGGAGUACAGUAUCAGCUCGAGCUAUGAUCAACCGUAUAGUUAUAACAGCCACGGAAAUGGAGCAGCGUUUAGGGAGAGUGGAUCCAACGGCAAUAACGGUCCAUGGGGUGGCUCGAAUGGUUACAACUACAAACAACGCAAUUUGAGUUUGAUGAAGUAUCGUCGGAAACGGAGAGAUGUACGCGAGUUGGCAAUGUAAAGAAUAAUCUUAAUGCAUAGGUGUAGUUUUCCAAUCUCAAUUAACCAAAAAUUAAAAUAUAUUGUGCCUAACCAAAGAGAAGCUACAAAAAUGUCUACUUGUUAUAGUUUGAGAGUAGGGCCUUAGCAUUUAGUGAAUAAUUUAUAAUAAUUUAUUAAAGUAUUGUAUGUACGCCGCGCUAACGGUUCUCCUUGUCUAGAUCUCUACGAAUGAUAAAUUUACUCAUUGAUAGAUGUAGGCUCUUGUGGACUUUGUAUCAAUCUGAAGAAGUUUGGAAAUAAAUGGCUACUAGUAAAACUAAUCACUUAACCCUUUUGUUUAG